CACGACCUCUUCGCCAACUACUCCAGCGCCCUGCGCCCGGUGGAGGACACGGACCGGGCGCUCAACGUCACCCUCCAGGUCACCCUCUCGCAGAUCAUCGACAUGGUGAGCGGCCGGGCACGGCACCCGCACCCCGCUCCCCCGCUGGUGCCCAGCCCUCGAAACCAGCCCAGACCCCUCAAAACCAACGCGACUGCCCCCAGCGCUGAUGACCAUUUUGGUGGCUCGAUGGAGACCAACGUGGUGCUGCGCUCCGACGGGCUCAUCAUGUGGGACUCGCCUGCCAUCACCAAGAGCUCCUGCAAGGUGGACGUCUCCUACUUCCCCUUCGACGGGCAGCGGUGCCGCCUGACCUUCGGCUCCUGGACCUACAAUGGCAACCAGAUCGACCUCCGCAACCGGCUGGACACCGGGGACCUGACGGACUUCGUGGAGAACGUGGAGUGGGAGGUGCUGGGCAUGCCGGCCGCCGCUCCCGCGCCCGGCACCGAGCCCUCCCCCGACGUCACCUACACCCUGCUCCUCCGCCGCCGCGCCUCCUUCUACAUCUUCAACCUGCUCCUGCCCUGCCUCAUGGUCUCCUUCCUGGCACCCCUUGGCUUCUACCUGCCGGCCGACUCGGGGGAGAAGGUCUCGCUGGGGGUGACAGUGCUGCUGGCCCUCACCGUCUUCCAGCUGCUGGUGGCAGAGAGCAUGCCGCCCUCGGAGAGCGUCCCGCUCAUCG